AUGGCCUCGCGAUUGGCGGCCUGUGAAGCCUGUCGCAAGUCGAAGUUGGCCUGCGAUCAUCAGCAGCCGGUUUGCUCGCGCUGCCAGUCCACCAAGGGCGUGUGUAUCUACCGCACCGCCCCAUUCAAGCGCCGUCGCAUUGAAAAAAGUCUCAAAUCCCCAGACCCAUCGCCCUCUUUCAGCCCCAGGCGCAAUGCAUACCCCAAUCCGGGCUAUUUGGGAUCGUCCAGCCACGCGGCGAUCUUUAGACAUAUCACUCCAGACGACCACAGCACCAGCAGUCAUGCUGCAGGUCCUGAAAUCCCAGUGGAUCAAUUGGUGGGCGAUAACCAUCUACUACUACAGGGCGCAGAUGUCUUAAAGCAUCUCCUCACCCUGUACUCGCUGUCAUCUAUGAAAGAGUUGGUGGCAUUUUGGCUUGCAAAAGGCGCUAAUCUCGCACUUGCUGAACCUUUCGUUGCACAAUGUGCUGAGAGCGCUAGUCAAUUAUUCGAAUCGCAUGAUGAAAAUUGGCAUUUGGUCUAUGCCCGACGGUUGAUGCAGAAUUCGGCCCGGCGGCUGCAAUUCAACGAAUUUACCGAUCUUGCCAGUUUCUCGAGUCAAUUCUUGGAUCACUAUGCCCGAUGGGAAACGCUCGGGAUUUUUUUUGCGGCUAUCAAGAUCUCCCUUUCUCUUGACUGUCUCAACGACCUUCAACUCAUUCUACAGUAUGAGAACUUUAUUGUCCACUCCUAUGUAGAUGGCGAUCAAAGCUACCAUGCAUGGCGUAAACUUGGCGAUGUUAUCUCCUCAACAUUUGCUCUAGGCUACCAUGAGAAUAUCGAAACAAAACCCGGGAUACCUCCGUUCCUCAUGGAUUUGCGCAAAACGGCCUUUGCUCGAAUCUACUCAGCGGACAAGAACAUUGCCAUAUUCUUGGGUCGCCCGCCGCGAAUGAACAAGCGAUUUUGCCAUUUCCAGAUUCCAUCCUGCGAUUUGAAUGCGCGCUCGAUUGCAAAGAACAAUGAUUGGGAUCCUCAUACUAAAGCUGGCUAUCGAACUGAUACUCGCUGGUCUGCCCUUUGCGCUUCACUAAAAGAAGAGGUGUGGGAAUUGCUCCAAGACAAGCACGAUGCUGCGUGUGUCCCGAAAGCAAGUGAGAUACAGCGAAAAGCCGAAGAACAGUGGCAAGCUUUGCCUGCCCACUUUCGGCUUGAAAGCAGUCUAAAGCAGUGCACCGGGAGCCCCUUCGAGCGAGACUUUCUCGCCCACGUGCGAUUAAACCACCUACAUGUCCUAUUUCUUCUUCGACUGCUCCUCCUGAAUACUAUGACCGAGCCUGAUAUCCCGAUUAUCGAGACAGCUGCGCAAAUGCUUGCCUUGGUGGUCGAGGCCAUCCUUCUCCGCGAUCAGUUGACUAAUUCUGGCACUGGAUUAAUCUGGAAGGUUGCUUACUACGGACUCCCAGCGGCCGGAAUCAUUCUUCUAGCUUUACUCAAACAACACUCACAUGCCACACAAAACAUCUCCCGCACAAAGAUCGUACAGGAUCUGAGUGUCUUUGUCGCCGAAGUGCAAAUCGGAACCAUAGUGAGACCCGAAGAUCCCAAUUACGCAUUGCUUUCCCGUGCUACACAGACUAUUCAGCGAUUUCUGGAUUCUUUCCAUUCGGAUCCCGCUCAACCUCCACCGAAGUCUAGCCAUGACGAUGGAAAUGAUGGCUGGGCUGCUUUAUUAAGUCAAGAUCUAUGGGAUUUCGAAGCUGGUUUCUGGCAGAGCUUAGCGGAUCAUCCGUCGUUGCUGGCAGUUGAUCCUCCCUUGCCUAACAUAUAG